AUGAGUGUAGUUACUAAUUUAGUAGCCGAAUAUAUUCCGACAACCAACUUCAAGUUCGUUUCUUUCGACACAAUAAAGAAGAAUGUGGAUGAAUAUUUACUAUUUGAUGUAAUUGGCCAUGUGGUAGAGAAGGGGCAUAUAAAGGAGAUCACUACAAAAGGAGAGAAAAGCAAACUUUUGGAUGUUAUUCUGCAAGAUUUAGAGAAAAAUACAAUUAAAUGUACUUUAUGGGAAGCAUUUGCUGAACAAAUUGAUGCAUAUGUAACGAAUGCUGACCAAAAUGGACCUACUGUGGUCAUACUUCAGUGUUUCAGUGCUAAAACUUAUUGUGGAAGCACGACUUUGUCAAAUGUUCGACAUGGAUCACAACUACUGAUCAAACCGAAUUUGAAAGAAGUUUUAGACUACAGGCUUGCAUUGAGCGAAGAAGUCUAUGUCCCAUCAGUUAGUCAAUUAUCGUCCCAACUUUCUUUGCCUCGAUCGUACGAUCCACUCUAG